AUCAGUCCAGUUUGCAAUUAGGGCUGUCCUCUCCUAAAACUCCCUGUGGUAAAGAUUCUAGUGAGGGCCAGGGUGACCAUUCUGGUGUAGCUGUUUAGUCCCAUCGAUUUCUUUGUGCUUCGUCAUAUUUAGCAUAUUUAUUUUAAUUUUGUCAUUUCAAAAUGGAUUAGUUAAUUCACUGCAUAAUUGAGACUAGGAUUUCACAGUUUCGAAGCCAAAGGGGACACAAGGCAGACGUUUUCAGCAAGGAGGGGGGCCAUACAAACCCCAACGCAUACAUGGAGAAGACAUUAACGUUGAGUCUGGUGAUGCUUUUCCUCACGCUUCAUCUGGGUUUACCGGAAGUCCUUGGACGGACGGAGGACCCUCACGCCGACGUCAACGUGAAGAAACGACCUCCGCACGCCUCGGAAGCCAAAAGUGGCCGCUGCUCGUACACCUUCAUCGUCCCGCAGCAGAAGCUGAAGGGAGCGCUCUGCGUGAGCACCGCCCAGGAGACCAACCGCUCCGAGGCGGCUUCCCUGCGGGUGGAGCUGGCCCGGCAGCUGGAGCACCUCGAGACGCUCAGGGCCCAGCUGGAGCGGGAAGGGAGCCAGGCCAUGGAGGUCAGGGCCCUGAGAACGGAGAGCAACAGUUUGAACACCCGGAUCACCCAGCUCUAUGCUCAGCUGCUGCAUGAAGUCAUCGACAAGAAGGACCAGGUGUUGGAGCAGAAACGGGUUGAGAGCCUUCUGCUGAAUGCUACUACACAGGCGCUGCAGGUUUCUAGUAAUUUCAGAGAGCUGGAGAAGAAGUAUGGAGCCCUGACCUCGAUGAUUACCUCUCAGAAUCAGUUCAUUGCCCGUCUCGAGAAGCAGUGCCAGUGCAGGAACACCACACUGGCCUCACCGGUGACUCCUGAACCAGAAAGACUCCGGUCCCAAGAACACCACAAUAUCAGCUCCGAGGCCAGUGCAACGUCCAACGAUGUUCAAAGAGAUCAGAGUGUCCCUCCUUCGCAGGAAGACAAGCUGAUUGGGAAAGCCACUGUCCCCACAAUAACCACAGCCAGCACUCCCACAGAUCAUCCCUUCAUCAGUUUCCCAAUCACCAAGACCCCAGGGCCAUGGCGGGACUGCCAGCACGCCAUGGAUUCAGGCGAGACCAUCAGCGGCAUCUACCUGCUUCGCCCACAGGGCGCCAACCGACUCCUGCAGGCAUGGUGUGACCAGACGAGCGCUCAGGGCGGCUGGACCGUCAUCCAGCGGAGACAGGAUGGAUCGGUGAACUUCUUCAGGACCUGGGAGCAGUACAAGCAAGGUUUCGGUAACCUCGAUGGAGAGUACUGGCUGGGGCUGGAGCACCUGUACUGGUUGACCAAGCAGACUCACUACAAGCUCCGGGUAGCCCUGGAAGACUGGCAAGGCCGGCAGGUCUAUGCAGAGUACGACAGCUUCUAUAUAGAGCCGGAGAGCGACUGGUACCGCUUACGUCUAGGAGAAUACCAGGGGAACGCUGGGGACUCUCUCUCCUGGCACAACAACAAGGCCUUCACCACCCUGGAUCGAGACAAGGACGGCUUCUCAGGUAACUGUGCUCACUUCCAGAAAGGUGGAUGGUGGUACCAUAUGUGUGCCCACUCCAAUUUGAACGGCAUGUGGUAUAGAGGCGGGCACUAUCGCAGCCGCUAUCAGGACGGGGUCUACUGGGCAGAGUUCCAUGGAGGCUCCUAUUCUCUCAAGCGGGUGGCCAUGAUGAUCAAACCUGCGUGACGGAAAGGACCGUCCUAUUUGGAAUCAGAUGUGUUUAAACGUGGUUGUUAUUUUUUCUAUUUCAUUUGUGCUUUGUUUUUGCUUCUUUAAGCUACGUUCUGAACACUUUUCAAUAAGGGUACAAAUUACAAUAAUUAAUUACUUAACAUUUGUUAAUGUAGUAAUAAUCAUGAGCUAACAAUUGACUUACAGUUAAUUAAACAGUUAACAAAUGUACUAGUAAUCCUUCACUAAUGGUGUUCAAGUUGAGGUAUUAAUUUAUAGGCUACAUUAAUUAAUAGGGUUAUACUUAAACCUAACCCUAGCCCUAUUCAAAAAAUAUAUAAUUAAUACGUGGUUAACAUGAACAAAGUUAACUUAGUAAACAAUAAUUGAUUGUAUACUAGACCAUUAGUUAUGUGAUUAUUACUUGUUAAUAUUAGUUGACGUUUACUCCAACAUUAACUGAUGUUAAUUUGUACUUAUUGUACCCUCAGUGGAAAGUGUCACAAUAAAUUUGUUUAAUUAUUGUUUAAGAAUGUUUGAUAUGAUAUAGAUUUGGAAUAUGUGUACACUAUAUAAUUGUCCCGGAACGAUGGCUAAUACCUCGUUAAAUUUUCGUUAUUCAUAUUUCCAAAUUGUUACAUGACUAUGUCUUUGUAAAUAAAGAUCUGAUAAGAUUGUAAAUGAC